AUGCCAAAAGCAGAAGCCGGCUCAACAAAAGCCAUAGCAAACGCCAGCAGAAGGAAAGGCCUCGGCCGACUGCGAUGGUACUGCCAAGCCUGCGAAAAGCAAUGUCCGGACGAAAACGGCUUCAAAUGCCACGUUCAAAGCGAAUCCCACGUCCGCCAGAUGAUGCUGAUCGGCGAAGACUCGAAAUCGCAUAUCGAGGGCUUUAGUCGGGAAUUCUCGAAGAAUUUUAUUGAUACGCUUCGCACGGCGCAUGGGACGAAGAGUAUUCAUGCUAAUCAUUUUUAUCAAGAAAUCAUCCGCGACAAAUCACACAUCCACUUAAACGCAACGAAAUGGAAAUCUCUCACGCAAUACGUCGCAUACCUAGGCAAAGAGGGAAUCUGCAAAGUCGACGACACGGAGAAAGGAUUGCAUAUUGCCUGGAUUGAUAAUUCGCCUGAGACGUUGCGGAAGCGUGAGGCGUUGCUUAAGAAAGAACGCCAGGAUAAGGGUGAUGAGGAGAGGGAGCAGAAGGCUAUUCGGCAGCAGGUUGAGAGGGCGCAGAAGCAGGCGAGGGAGAGGUUGGAGGCGGAGGAGAAGGAGGCGAGGUCUGAGGAGAAAAUGUUGCAGCAUGAUGGGGAGAAGGUUAAGCUUGAUUUUGGAUUUGGGCUCAAGCAGCAGCAGCCGGUGGAUAAGACUGAAGUUGGUGGUGAUGCUUCUGUGGAGUCGGCGAAUGCUCCGGUUGAAGAUACUGCCACGCCCACGACCACAGCUACAGCUACAGCUACAGCUACAGCUACAGCUACGCCUGUGACGACGGCGGAUUCCCCAGCCGAUCCACCCGCCGCCCCGAAAAUCUCAAUGUCCUUUGGAGCGCAAAAGCCGAAGAAUGUGUUUGCGUCUGGUCCGAAGAAGAAUCCGUUGGCCGGGAAGAAGGGCUCUGUUCUGGCGGCGCCGAAGAAAAUGUCUGAGCAGGAGAGGAUUAUGAAGGCUGAGAUGGAGGCAAAUGAGCGUAAGCGCUCGAAGCCUGGGCCGGAAUUCAAGCCUGGUUUGAAUAAUAAGAGGCCGAAGAUCUCUUUGUCUUAG